AUGAGACAACUCACCGAGGAUGAGACUAAAGUAGUUUUCGAGAAGCUCGCCGGUUACAUUGGCAGAAAUAUCAAGUUUUUGGUCGAUAACAAAGAUCAGCCAUUUGUAUUCAGAUUGCAAAAAGACAGAGUCUACUACGUUCCGGAGCACAUUGCCAAGCUUGCUACCUCAGUGGCAAGGCCCAACCUAAUGUCGGUGGGUUUGUGUUUGGGCAAGUUCACCAAGACUGGCAAAUUCAGACUACAUAUCACAGCGUUGACGAUCCUAGCGCAACAUGCCAAGUACAAGAUUUGGAUUAAGCCCAACGGGGAGAUGCCUUUCCUUUACGGCAACCAUGUUUUGAAAGCGCAUGUUGGCAAGAUGUCGGAAGAUAUUCCCGAACACGCAGGGGUCAUCGUAUUUUCUAUGCAUGACGUGCCCCUGGGUUUCGGUGUGAGCUCUAAGAGCACAUCUGAAUCAAGAGACGUACAGCCCACAGGUAUUGUGGCCUUCAGACAAGCGGAUAUCGGCGAAUACCUGAGGGACGAGGACACUUUGUUUACCUGA